AUGACCACUUAUAGACACGGCGUGAAUCUCCUCCAGAGCAUUCGUCGGCUGAAGAUAGCGGCAGUGAUGGGGGAUCGCACUCUCCAUCCACCGCAGCAGCGGCGCGUAACCGAUCGAGUCGCACCCGCAGCAACAGACAGCAGUCACCAGGUAGGCGUGACAGAUUUAAAGUUGGGCGCAACUCUCAAAAGGGCAGCCAAACUACACAAGCGUAUUGCACCAUGGCCUGCAUACGCGGAAUACUCAACCGAGAUCCUCUGGAUAAAGCGUGCCCCAACUUACAACGUCAUCCUGGUGGCCAGAGACAUUUGA